AUGAUUGUCAAGACCGCGUUUCUGAACGGCGAGCUGGAUGAAGACAUCUACAUGGAGCAACCGGACGGCUACAUCGACGAAGAUCACGAGCAUUUCGUUUGCAAACUGCAGCGGUCACUGUACGGCCUAAAAGAAUCACCGCGGAUGUAG